CAUAUAAACAUAAGCAAAAGCUGCAUGCUUAUGAAUUAGAACUGUGUCUGUAUGCCAGGGAGGAGCAACCCUCUCUCUUACUUUUGAAACAGUCAUUGUCUAUUGCAAUUUUAUUUAUUUUCCUCACACUCAUCCAUGCUGUGACUAGCAUUCAAUCCCUUUGCAUAUUUUUCUCCAAUUCCCAGUACAUGUGUGUGUGCUUGCGUGUGUGUGUGUGUAUGUAUGUGGGGCUGCAGUGCUGGAGCAGAAAACAUGGUUGUAACAUUGGCACGCUGCAGAUCAAAUCAAGGUUUAAUUUCACUAACAGUGAUGGAUGAAGUACACAAACCACAUAGUAGAGAUACAGUAGAUGGUGAAGUUCCUGAAUACACGAGUCAGAUUUGAAGCUGUCCUCACCAUACACUGAUAUAUACUGAAGCAUAUACUGAAGGUCAAAAAUGAUGAACCGGGAUGAAUUCAAAUCACGCACAAUGCAGGAACUUCGUGAGAGGCUCCAGCCAGAGGUGUCAGAGCUGAUCAAGCAGCAGAGGUUAAACCGGCUAUGUGAGGGCGCCUGCUUCAGGAAGAUCAGCGCUCGCCGCAGGCAAGAUAAGUUUAUAUAUUGUCGACUGUCUCCGAAUCACAAAGUACUACACUAUGGGGAUGUGGAGGAUUUGUCACAGGGACAAAUCCCUCAUGAAUCGCUACAAGAGAAAUUAACAGUAGAAGAUAUCAAGACAUUGAUAACUGGAAAGGAUUGUCCUCACGUGAAGGAGAAAGGAGCACUAAAGCAAAAUAAGGAGGUGCCUGAGCUGGCGUUCUCCAUUUUGUAUGAAUCUGAUGAAUAUUUGAACUUCAUUGCUCCAGACAAGUAUGAGUACUGCAUCUGGACAGAUGGCUUGAAUGCUCUAUUGGGAAAAGAGAUGACAAGUGAACUCACCAAGUCAGAUAUGGACACACUGGUUACCAUGGAGAUAAAGCUCCGCCUCCUAGACCUUGAGAAUGUCCAGAUUCCUGACGUUCCACCCCCUAUUCCCAAAGAACCCAAAGAUUAUGACUUUGUUUAUGAUUACAGCCAACAGCAUGCUUGAGAGGCACUGCAUCACAACUGGAUCACACUGCAUCAUAGCUGUCAGACUGUAAUAUAUUUACCCAUGAUUAUCACAUGACCUACAGGACAAAAAUGUAAAUUGAUAUUUUAAUCAAAACGUCUGGAUGACACUUUGUUUGGGCCACAAACAUUGAUUCACAAGCCUUCUCAUACUGACUGUCCUGCUUUUCAGUGCUGUUUGUAAUAAUGUUUCAUUAAUUCUCCCCCCUUUUAAGGGCUGUAACAAUACAUUAUCAGCCUCAGUAAUGUUUGUUAGAUGUGCCCUCUAGGGGCCAAGGGUAAAAAAACCAACUAUAACAAUACAUUUUAUAAAGCAGGAAAUGCCAGAUGUAGCUAGUUUCUAAGCUAAAGCAAUAAAAAAAAGCGAAUUAAAAAUAUUUAUGGUAUUUUUACGCUUUAUUGUACAAUUGGAGUUUAUUCAACCAAUCCCUUAUAAAUAUUAAUCUAUUAUACAGGGGGGAGAUCCCAAAGGUGAUUUGCCAUCAGCUUUGUGUUCUGAUUGGACAAUUGUUUAGUAUUUUUUGUAAAAUUUGGCCUUCAAUUUUUUUUCAAAACAUCUGUACAGAUAUACAUAAGAAGCCUGAAGUCACAGAAAAGUGAGUAAAAACAGAAUGGUGGUCAAAUCUGGAGAAAGAGUACUUUAUGUCACAAUUGAAGUUGGCCAGGGGGUUACAUGCACCACCUAAUAGACCAACCCUGUGGUUGGUUUCUGUCUGGUCCACUUCUUACCAUGGGGAACAUACCUGGCACCUGGAAUAUCUGCUCUACUAUACACAAUACACUUCUUUUUUUGUGCUGUGGCCACUUGUGUACACGUAUGCGACACGACUUCAGGGUCAGAGCACCAUGUUGAGUGUUUUAAAAAUUGUACUGAAAUGCAGGGUGAGACAUAAGUUAUAAUUGCCAAUAAAAUUUAUUAGCAUUGAAGAAAGUACCAAUUUCUCAUAUUUUUUCAAUGAAUCAUUUUAUAAUACUUUGGUGUUUGUGUGAAGUUUCUGGCACAUGGAUUUCUUCUGGGAUGUGUAUGAGUACAUGGUGCUUUGUGAUGGAUUUAUGCUAUGUUCAGAGUGUCUUCCUGAACAGUGGUAACCUCUACUACAAACCUGACCGGUAAAGUAUAAAACACAUGUUGAAACACCGUGUUGAAUAAAAUACAUACAUAUUAAUAUCUACUAGAUUAGCUAUUACUCAUGUAUAGUGUCUACAAUAUCCUUGACUAUUCAUACACAACUGAGUCGUCGUCUUCUUUCUUCUUCUCCCAUUAGGGGUCACCACAACGGAUCAGCCGUCUCCAUA